AUGUCAAGGCAGUUCUAUAUCCGGGACGCUGAUGCGUUAUUCAACGAUGCUCAGUUUAUAAUAGACGCAUUCGACUCAACAUUACCUCACCUGGCGGCUACUGGGAACUCUGAGCAAUGGGGAACAGAACCCCUCUCAAAGAAGAAAGGACACAUUCAACGUAUGCAUGAUACGGUGGCGAAAUCGGACAGUUUCCGUAAGACAAGAACGGGCGAGCCUUUAAGGGUUUUCAUUGCCGAGAUUGAGGACGGUUAUGGCAGUUCAGGACCGCCGGCAAACGACAGCCUGGCCCGACGUACGGAUGGAAACGGAAAUUCCUUCGUGUCGGUCGGGUUCGUUGAAGUUCUUGAUGAACAGUUCGUAAGUUAUUUGAAGAAUUCAGGUGACUUAAAGGACCAUGUCGGACCAGCGUUGGAGAAGGGCAACUUUGUCUUUCUACAGUACCUCGUCACGGAUCACAGAGUGGGUGACAAACGCCGAGGCGCCGGUGCUGCACUCCUUCAAAAGGUGAAGGAUUAUGCUGCUGAGAAAGGCUGGAAGACAAUUUGGCUCGACUGCUGGGAUGGAGGUAAUGGGCAAUUGGUACAAUACUACGUCGAUCGAGGCUUCCGAAUUAUGGGAAGCUUUCAGAACACCCAUGACAAGGACGAAGCACCAUGGAAGGGCAAGCUUCUUUGUAUGGAUUUGGCGUAA